AUGACGGGGAAAUCGGGGGAAGCGCUGAGCAAGCCCAAAUGCGAGACAGUGGCCAAGAGUACCCCGGGGAGCGCCCCGGCCAGGUGCACGGGCUUCGGCAUUCAGGAGAUCCUGGGCCUGAACAAGGAGCCCCCAAGCUCCCACCCGCGGGCUGCCCUCGACGGCCUGGCCUCCGGGCACCUGCUGGCCGCGCGCUCCGUGCUCAGCCCCGCGGGAGUGGGCGGCAUGGGGCUGCUGGGGCCCGGGGGGCUCCCCGGCUUCUACGCGCAGCCCACCUUCCUCGAAGUGCUGUCCGACCCGCAGAGCGUCCACUUGCAGCCGCUGAGCAGGGCGUCGGGGCCUCUGGAUACCAGCCAGACGGCCAGCUCGGAUUCUGAAGAUGUCUCCUCCAGCGACCGGAAAAUGCCCAAGUCAGCCUUAGCCCAGACCAAGAAGCGGAAGAAGCGGCGGCACAGGACGAUCUUUACCUCCUACCAGCUAGAGGAGCUGGAGAAGGCGUUCAACGAGGCCCACUACCCAGACGUGUAUGCCCGGGAGAUGCUGGCCAUGAAAACGGAGCUGCCAGAAGACAGGAUACAGGUCUGGUUCCAGAACCGCAGAGCCAAGUGGAGGAAGCGAGAGAAGUGCUGGGGCCGGAGCAGCGUCAUGGCGGAGUACGGGCUGUAUGGGGCCAUGGUGCGGCACUCCAUCCCCCUGCCCGAGUCCAUCCUCAAGUCCGCCAAGGAUGGCAUCAUGGACUCCUGUGCCCCGUGGCUGCUCGGAAUGCACAAAAAGUCGCUGGAGGCAGCAGCCGAGUCGGGGAGGAAGCCCGAGGUGGAGCGCCAGGCCCUGCCCAAGCUGGAUAAGAUGGAGCAGGAGGAGCGGGGCCCCGACGCCCCGGCGGCCAUGUCCCAGGAGGAACUGAGGGAGAACAGCAUUGCGGCGCUCCGAGCCAGGGCGCAGGAGCACAGCACCAAAGUGCUGGGGACUGUGUCCGGGCCCAACAGCCUGGCCCGGAACGCCGAGGAGCCCGAGGAAGAGGAGGCCGUGGACGAGGACAGGCCAGUGGAGAAGCUGAGUCCUCGGCAGCUCGAGGACGUGGCUUAG